AUGCAGAGAUCCUCUUGCAAACCAUUUGUAAGUGUUUUUAAUAAUUGCUAAGUUCCUAGAUAAAUAGUAGUAGUAGUUGCUUAUUAAGUGCAUAUGGGUUAUCUGCUGUUAAUUCAGGUUGGGUUAAACGUUAAUUGCAAUAAUGUUUGUCAUAACCAUACUUAGGAAACUUAAAAUGGAUCCUUACUAUAGAGGUUAAAUCCAAAGAUACUACGAUAAUCACAUUUGCUGAUAGAACAGCUAAAUGUAAACAUUGUUUUUCUCU